AUGUCCGCCAUUGCUACUAACGAGGGCCCCAUCAUCGCACAGGCUGCCGUCCCCGCAGCCCCUCUUGCUGGCACCGUCGCUGAAAAGCAGCUUGGUCGAGGCUCAAUUGACGGUAACGUUCAAGAGAGACGACCGUCCUUCGAUGAAGACGACGAAGUCACCGAAGAGGAACUGCACACACUGCGUCGAGUUUCUGGCAAAAUUCCCUGGCCUGCCUUCACCGUUGCCUUUGUCGAACUGUGCGAACGUUUCUCCUACUAUGGCACUACUGUCGUCUUCGUCAACUUCAUCCAACAGCCGCUGCCCGAGGGCUCAUCUACUGGAGCUGGCUACUCUGGCCAAUCUGGUGCCUUGGGCAUGGGUCAAAGAGCCUCCACAGGUCUCGUCACUUUCAACCAGUUCUGGGCUUAUGUGAUGCCCCUUCUCGGUGCCUAUAUUGCUGAUGCCCACUGGGGUCGUUACAAGACGAUCCAUGCUGCCAUCGCUUGUGCCUUGCUCGGACACGUCAUCUUGACCGCUUCUGCCGCUCCAAGUGUCAUCAAGCAUAGUGGCAGUGCCCUCGCUGCCUUCACAAUCGGCCUGGUCAUUCUUGGAGUUGGUACUGGUGGCUUCAAGUCCAACAUCUCCCCUCUCCUCGCAGAACAACAAACAGACAACAAAAAGAGAAUUUCCGUAUUGCCCUCAGGAGAGCGAGUCAUCGUUGAUCCCACUGUCACAACCUCCAGAAUCUUCCUCUACUUCUAUCUCUGUAUCAACGUCGGCUCCCUCGUCGGCCAAAUUGGCAUGGUCUACGCCGAAAAGUAUGUCGGUUUCUGGCUUGCCUAUAUGCUACCCACAGUCCUCUUCCUUGUCGCCCCAGUCAUCCUGGCUAUCUGCCGCAAGCACUACGUCCUGACUCCUCCUACUGGAUCCGUCUUUGCCAAGUUCUGGCAGCUUUGGGGCUACGCAUCCAAGGGCCACUGGCAUUUGAACCCAGUUGCCACCUACAGAAGCAUGUCCGCUCCCGGCUUCUGGGAACGUGUCAAGCCAUCCAAUAUCCCCGCAGCCGAACGACCAGUUUGGAUGACCUUUGAUGACGCCUGGGUCGAUGAAGUCCGCCGUGGUCUCAAGGCCUGUGCCGUCUUCCUCUAUCUUCCCCUCUACUGGCUUGCAUAUGGUCAGAUGACCGGUAACUUGACCUCCCAGGCCGCCGUCAUGGAACUUCACGGUGUUCCCAACGAUAUUAUUCAAAACCUGAAUCCUAUUUCUAUCAUCAUCUUCAUCCCCUUCAUGGACUUUGUUGUCUACCCAGCCCUUCGCAAGGCCCGCAUCAAUUUCACACCCAUUAAACGAAUCUUCGCUGGCUUCAUCUUGGCUUGCAUGGCCAUGAUUGCUGCUUGUGUCACUCAAGUCUACAUUUAUCGACUUUCGCCCUGUGGCCACAAUGCUUCCGAUCCAGAUUGUGUAGGCCCUGCUCCCAUCAAUGUUUGGGUUCAGACCAUUCCAUACGUCCUCAUCGGUUUCUCCGAGAUCUUUGCGUCAAUCACCUCUCUGGAGUAUGCUUUCACCAAGGCUCCUUAUAACAUGAGAUCUUUCGUCAUGGCCAUCAAUCUGUUGAUGAAUGCCUUCAGCAGCGCCAUUGCAAAAGGUCUUGUUGCCCUGUCUGCCGAUCCAUUGCUCGUGUGGAAUUAUGGCGUUGUUGCCGUGCUCUCUGGCCUCGGAGGCAUUGCUUUCUGGUUCAAUUUCCGCAAACUCGACGCCGAGGAAGACAAACUCAACAUGCUUCGAGCUUCUGCGUAUACAGGCAAGCGAGGAAGCGUUAGUGGAGCUUCUGUUGAGGACCAGUACCGCGAGAAGUCCGAUGAAGCAGCAGCCACCGCCUAG